CGGGAAGGGGGGGCGGGGAGCGGGGGAGGGGCCUGCGCGCGGCCCCGCGCCCUCCCUCCCGCGCCGGCCUCCGCGCCCUCGCGCGCCGCAGCAUCCCGGAGUCGCCGGCCUCGCUGCCCCUCCGAGCCCGGCCCGAGCCGCCGGCAGCCCCCGCCCCGCCGCCGCCACCGCCGCCGCCGCCGCCGCCGCCAUUCCUGCGUCCGCGCUCGCCGGGCCGGGCUCCGCCGGGACGCGCCACGCCAGAGUUUCUCCGUGAGGCCGGAAAGAAGCACACCGUGUAAGAACCGGCUGGCCUUCAACGCUCGAGGUGGUGACCUUGCCCGGCGCCCGGGAGAUGCGGGUCCUCGGGGUGCGUCCCGCCCAGCGUCUCUGGGCUGUGCUGUGGGUCACAGCUCCUAGGCUCUGAGCAGCGUCUGCCGUGACGCCCACCGUGGCCCCCCCCCCCCGCCCACGAGCGUUUGCUGCCAGAGCCCCCUCUGCUGCGCCCACCCGUGAGGAUGUGUGUCCCCGUCGGGCUGCUGGCCACCCUGGCCACGGCGCUCGGGGUGGUGGUGGCGUUUGCUCCCGCCCCCAGGAUCACCUGGGAGCACAGAGAGGUGCGGCUGGAGAAGUUCCACGAGCCGGGUAUCUUCAACUACUCCGUCUUGCUGCUGAGCGAGGACAAGAGCACCCUGUACGUGGGGGCCCGGGAGGCCGUGUUCGCCCUGAAUGCACUCAACGUCUCUGAGAAGCAGCACGAGGCAUAUUGGAAGGUCUCAGAAGAUAAAAAGGCAAAAUGUGCAGAAAAGGGGAAAUCGAGACAGACCGAAUGUCUCAACUACAUCCGCGUGCUGCAGCCGCUUGGCCCCGGUGCCCUGUACGUGUGCGGGACCAACGCCUUCCAGCCAGCCUGUGACCACCUGAACUUAACGUCCUUUCAGCUUCUGGGGAGAAGCGAGGAUGGCAAGGGCAGGUGCCCCUUUGACCCUGCACAGAGCUACACGUCCGUUAUGGUCGAUGGGGAGCUGUAUUCCGGGACGUCCUAUAACUUUCUGGGAAGCGAGCCCAUCAUCUCCCGAAACUCGUCCCACAGUCCUCUGAGGACGGAGUACGCGAUACCGUGGCUUAACGAGCCAAACUUCGUCUUUGCGGACGUGAUCCGAGAGAGCCCGGACAGCACGGACAGCGGGGACGACAGGGUGUACUUCUUUUUCACCGAGGUGGCCGUGGAGUACGAGUUUGUCUUCAAGCUGAUGAUCCCCCGGGUGGCGAGGGUGUGCAAGGGGGACCAGGGCGGUCUGCGGACCCUACAGAAGAAGUGGACGUCCUUCCUGAAGGCCAGGCUCAUCUGUUCCAGGCCGGAGAGCAACCUCGUCUUCAACGUGCUGCAGGCCGUCUUUGUCCUCAGGGCGCCGGACCUGAAGGAGCCCGUGUUCUACGGGGUCUUCACCCCACAGCUGAACAACGUGGGGCUGUCAGCCGUGUGCGCCUACAACCUGUCCACGGCCGAGGCGGUCUUCUCCCGCGGGAAGUACAUGCAGAGCGCCACAGUGGAACAGUCCCACACCAAGUGGGUGCGCUACAACGGGGCCGUGCCCACGCCGCGGCCCGGGGCGUGCAUCAACCGCGAAGCGCGGGCGGCCAACUUCUCCAGCUCCCUGGGUCUGCCGGACAAGACCCUGCAGUUCGUCAAGGACCACCCCCUGAUGGACGGCUCCGUGACCCCAACAGACAACAGGCCCAGGCUGGUCACAGGCAACGUGAACUACACGCAGAUCGUGGUGGACAGGACCCGGGCCCUGGACGGGACCAUCUACGACGUCAUGUUCAUCGGCACAGACCGGGGCGCCCUCCACAAAGCUGUCAACCUCGAGAAUGACGCCCACAUCAUCGAGGAGACCCAGCUUUUCCAGGACUUCGAGCCGGUCCAGACGCUGCUGCUGAAUUCUGAGAAGGGCGGAAGGCUUGUGUAUGCGGGCUCCAGCUCGGGUGUGGUGCAGGCCCCCGUGGCCUUCUGCGGGAAGCACGGCACCUGUGAGGACUGCGUGCUCGCCCGCGACCCCUACUGCGCCUGGAGCCGGGCGGCCGCGGCCUGCGUGGCCCUGCCCCCGCACCAGACGGACGGCCCCAGCAGGACUCUGAUUCAGAAGAUGAGUGGAGACGCGUCCGCCUGCCCGGAUAAAAGUAAAGAAAGUUUCCGGCAGCAUUUUUUCAAGCACGGCGGCACAGCGGAACUCAAAUGCUCCCAAAAGUCCAACCUGGCCCGGGUGGUGUGGAAGUUCCGGGACGGCGUGCUCGACGCCGACGGCCCCAAGUACAGCCUGGUGGGCAGGAAGCACCUGCUCAUCUUCAACCUGUCGGAGGGGGACAGCGGCGUGUACCAGUGCCUGUCGGAGGAGCGGGUCCGCAACGGGACGGUCCUGCGGGUGCUGGCCAAGCACGUGCUGGAGGUGAAGACGGCCCCGAGGGCCACAGAGGCCCCCGCCUCGCCGGGCGCCCGGACGGAAGGCGGGAGGACCACCGCCCGAGCGGUGACGGAGCCCGCCCGCGGCCCCCCCCCGCAGACCUCCGCCGCGCGGGUCCCCGUGCCCGGGGCCGUCGCCCCGCCGCCCAGCCCCGCGCCCACGGGCACGUCCUGCGAAGCGAAGAUCGUCAUCAACACGGUCCCCCGGGUGCACUCGGAGAAGACGAUGUAUCUGCAGUCCGGCGACAACCGUCUGUUCAUGUUCCUCUUCCUCCUCUUCUUCCUGCUGUGCCUCUGCCUCGUGUCCUACAACUGCUACAAGGGCUACCUGCCCGGGCAGUGCCUGAAGUUCCGCUCCGCCGUGCUGCUGGGGAAGAAGCAGCCCGUGGCGGACUUCUCCGAGUUCGAGCAGAGCGCCAAGGAGACGCUGGUGGAGCCGGGCAGCUUCUCCCAGCAGAACGGGGGGCAGCCGCGGCCGGCCCUGGACACGGGCUACGAGACGGAGCAGGACACCAUGGCCAGCAGGGUGCCCACCGACAGGGAGGACUCACAGAGGCUGGACGACCUCCCGGCCAGGGACGGGCCCUUCGACGUCAAGUGCGAGCUGAAGUACGCCGACUCGGACGCGGACGGGGACUGAGUCACCGCCGGGAGCCCGCGUCAGCACGCCUGUCCUGUGUCUUGUCUCUUGCGUCGAGCUUGUGAUUUGGUCUUCGUCCUUUCGGAAAACGGCGAGCAUUGCACCCCGGUCCCCCGCCGGGCCGCGGCGUGAGAGGC